UAUCUACAGGAGCACUGGAGGAGAAUUUUAUACAUGUCCUCUCACUGCCUCUUCCGCACUCUGUUUUUCUUUCUUCUUCAAAAAGAUUGAUAGAUCGAAAAGUCCAGGUGGUGGUAUUAAUUAAGCUUGCAGCUCUGAUCGAGUUCGCAACAUAUCGAUAUCUAAAAUCCAUCUAUUCAUGUUGAGAAUGGUUCUGCAACUGGAACUGCUCCUCUUUCUUUGCUUCAUAAUUCUUAUCAGUACCCCCUAAAUCUUUCAUUAGCUUUUGAUUUAGAACUAGGUGCUGAUGAGUUUAAAAGAGAUGACUUCCCUCCCCCACCGGGCUUUGUUUUUGGUGCUUCCUCCUCUGCUUAUCAGGUGGAAGGUGCUGCGGACCAAGACGGGAGAACCCCAAGCAUCUUGGACACCUAUGCGCAUGCUGGGAAAAUGCACGGAGCCACCGGAGAUGUAGCGUGUGAUGAGUAUCAUAAAUACAAGUACAGUGGUGGGUCACGGGCCACACUUGUUGCUGUUUAACAAAAAGCGAUCUUCUGCACCAAACCCGGCACCCUUCAAUCUACCUCAAAAGUCUUGCCUUCCUGUUUCAGUAAACGCUGCUCCCCUGCACAAUCAGCCGGAACGAUACCCGUCUGAUAAGGCUUGCUCCCUCCGAUUUGAUCUCCCCGCAACCACCAGACCCGAGCCCUUCUCCAACUCUGCGGAAGAUGUGCAACUAAUGGUGGAUACUGGUUUAGAGGCGUAUAGAUUUUCCAUCUCAUGGUCAAGACUUAUACCCAAUGGAAGAGGACCUGUGAAUCCAAAGGGUCUACAAUAUUACAACAAUCUAAUUGACCAACUAAUCAGCAAAGGAAUCCAGCCUCAUGUUACUUUACACCACAGUGAUCUCCCACAGGCACUCGAGGAUGAGUAUGGAGGAUGGGUUAGCCCACAGAUUGUAAAAGACUUCACUGCAUAUGCAAAUGUUUGCUUCGAACAGUUUGGCGAUCGUGUUAGGCAUUGGACUACUAUGAAUGAGCCAAAUGUAUUUGUACUCGGGGGUUAUGAUAUUGGAUUCCUUCCACCGUCACGAUGUUCAGCUCCAUUUGGUUUUAAUUGCUCCAAGGGUAACUCCUCAACUGAACCCUACAUGGCCAUUCAUAAUUUCUUGCUAUCUCAUGCAUCAGCUGCUGCACUCUACAAGCAAACCUACCAGCACAAGCAGCGUGGGUUUAUAGGCAUCAAUGUAUUUGCCUAUUGGUUUAUUCCUCGAACCGAAACCCAUCAAGACAAAGUUGCUGCUCAAAGAGCUUUGGACUUCUACUUUGGUUGGAUUAUGAAUCCUUUGGUGUUCGGAGAGUACCCUCAAGUAAUGAAAGAGAAUGCAGGCUCUAGGCUUCCGACGUUCACCAGUGCUGAGUCUUCAAAGGUCAAAGGCUCGUUGGACUUCAUCGGACUGAAUUACUAUAACACAUUGUAUGCCAAGGACAACUCUGCCGCCCUAAACAUUCCAAAAAGAGACUAUAUGGCUGAUUCGGCAAUCCAGAUUUCUCCUUUGGAUCUCAAUACAUCAACGUUUGAGUAUCCGAUAACACCUUGGGGUAUGGAAGAACUGUUGGAAUAUAUCAAACAAAACUACGGCAAUCCUCCCUUAUAUAUCCAUGAAAAUGGUCAACGAACUCGACGCAAUUCAUCGUUGGAGGAUUGGUCCAGAAUCGAAUAUUUGCAUGGACACAUUCACAGUUUGCUUAAUGUUUUAAGGAAUGGGUCAAAUGCCAGAGGCUAUUUUACCUGGUCUCUCUUGGAUUCACUUGAGCUUUUGGAUGGCUAUGAAUCAAGCUACGGCCUUUACUACAUCGAUUUGGACGAUCCUGAUUUAAAAAGACAGCCUAAACUUUCUGCGCAUUGGUACUCAAAGUUUCUGAAGAACAAAAACUUCACUCCACGUUCAGUUUCAGAUGCUGAUCAACAUUACUUCUUUCAGUAGAUAAUUUUGUUGUUAAUUAGAUCCAUGUAUAUAUGUUUGAAGUAAAACUUAUUCAUCACUUCAAGCAUUAUCAAAACUAGAUGGAGAAUGAAAACUUUUUUUUUUCUUCUUUACACUCGAAUAUUCUUGGCUUAAUUCCUUUUCGGCUCUUUUUUGUAAUAUUAAUGUUUCGCAAUGCAAUAAAAUGAGACUUUAUAA